AUGGCUGCAAAAAGAACUGUCCUAGUAUUGCAUGGAUACUCGCAGAAUGGAAGCAUAUUCAGCAAACGACUUGGAGCGCUGCGCAAAGAAUGCGCAAAGGACAUUGACUUUGUGUUUCUCGACGCCCCCCACAUCCUCAAGCCAGCAGAGCUGGCCCACCAAGCGAAUAGGAUGCAAUCCCUUGGUCUUCGAGCUGAAAUACAGUCAAACGAAGCUACAAUCGCCGAAACGGAUCCAGAGUCGCCGCCCCGGGCAUGGUGGAAGGCGUCGAAGGAUAGAACGAAGGCGUUUGGGUUGGAGGAGUCGAUUUUGGUGGUUAGGGCCGCGUUGAAGGAGAGGAAAUUUGACGGCGUUCUUGGCUUUAGCCAAGGUGCUGCGUUCGCUGCUGUGAUAUCAGCUUUGUUAGAACGACCUGAGCUGUAUCCGCCUUUUAUGGUCAAUGAUCAACCUCCACAUCCGCCUUUCGAAUUUUGUGUUGCGGUAUCUGGAUUCAGACUCAACGACCCUUUUUGCCAUCCGCUGUUCACGCCUUCCUACUCCACCCCCACGCUACAUAUUCUAGGAAAGACGGAUGUAGUCGUUGUUGAAGAGCGGUCAAAGCAACUGAUCGACGUUUCGAGUAAUAAACGCGUCGAAGAACAUGCUGGUGGUCAUUUUGUUCCGUCCAAGGGCAACUGGCGUAAAUUUCUAGCUGCAUAUCUCAAGAACCCCUCCGCCCCUCACCCAUCGCCAAGCCUGUCGGAGCCUGUCGAGGUCAUCAGACCGGAGGGAGUGCCUCUAUCGGGGUUAGGAUUGGGACUACGUUUAUGA